AUGAAGAGAGCAGAGCGAAAAAGGAAAAGAAAGGAGAAAAAAAAAAGAAGGAAAGAAAGGAAGGAAAGGAAAAGACAAAAGAAAGAAGAAAAGGAACGACUGAAGGGGAGAGAAGCUGCGGGACUAAGUGACGAGUUGCCGAUCGAUUCAAAUCAUUCUGGGGCAGCUGCUGUGGAGGGACAAGCGGGGCCUCCUCCAGCUGAGGAGAGUUACACUAACGGGACGAGUCCCUCUAAUGCGUCGAAAGAAGGUGCAUCUUCAGCAGUGGCACGUCGGCCAACGCAGAUGGGAGGUCACCCACCUGAAGGAAGUGGAGGGCCGAUUGACCCAUACGGAUCGUACACUUCCUCACCGCAUGACGACGACACAGAGGAGUCUGACCUUCCCAAACAGGUGGGUGCAGGUACAGGCGAAGGCGCUGCUUUGGCGGGAGCCCAGCUAGACAAUGACGUGAAGGUGAUCCAUUUGAACAGGCUAAAGAGGGAACCCAAGUGGAAGCUUAUAAAUAUAAUUAAAGAGAUCCUAAGCAGACUGCAUUGA